AUGGCCAAGGUAAGGUUUGGAGAGAAGUCAGAAUCGGCCUUUGGCCUCAACUUUCUUGGAGAGGCUCUUCCGGCCUCGGCUUCAGAACGUAACUUAAUCUCAGGUUCUGUUUAAUCGACCGAACCGGGGGGAUGGGCUCCACUUUCAGUUUUUGAUUGCAUUUUGUCUUUUUGGUACUGUUUGUAUAAUCGAUGUUUGUGUGGGGGUGGUUCUUGAGUUUGGUGGGCCGUUUUGACCUUUUGGUCUUUUGUUAACUGACCGUAUCUUUGACACUUUUAGGUAGUAAAAGUAGUUUUUGUUGUGCAGCUGGAAAGAUUCUUAUAGGGACUGACCGGUGCAAUAACUGGGCAGAACAUUAUUCGAUUAAUGAUAGGUUUAUGAAAGAUUUAGGUAUUUCCUAAUAAAAAGUUAGGUUUUUUAUAAUUUUAAUUAUUUUCCUAGCUUUAUUGUUUAAUGUCUGGAGAUCUAGGAAGCUUUUUGUAAUGGUUUUGUUAAAAACUAUGUCAUUUUUUUCCCAAUUUUUCAAUGUAAUCCAUUAGUUAUUUGUAUGGAUUUGGCAAGAAUCUCGUGAAAACAAGUGUAAGCUGUUAAUUUAUUUACUGUAAAGUUAUCUCUUCAAGUUUAAUCGGAUUAAAACUUUCUCAACGAAAAGCGCGGGAAAACGUAUUUUUGAAUUUUGUUGUUUUAGAUCUGUUCUGCUGACUAGACUGUCACUUCCAAAGAACUAGAGGAAGUUACUUUUUGGGCCUCUCCUUUGUUCUUCGAAGAUUGUUUGUCAAUAUUGUUGUUUAUGUUGUAGUAUGUCAAGUAGUAACAAAUGGCUGAUAGGCAUGUUGCUGUCAACACUUCGAAGAGGAAAGAGAUAUUGAAAAGAGCAAUACCUAAAAGUGUCUUGGACAGUGAUGUUGUAAUAGCAAGUGUCUGCCUCGUCGUUAGUCAUUUGAUUUGAUCUUAUCGUUCGUGUCGGUACAUCAGGAAGACAAUAACAUAAACAAGAAGGGCAUGAUAAGCCUGUCCAGUUGUGCGACUAACAAUUAUUGUUAGAUUGCAUUAGCACAAAGCACCGGCCCUUUAUUGUUGAUUUUGACUUUUGGGGUCGGCGGGGCGGAAAAGUUCAUAGGGGGGCUUUUAAUGGCUGUCAUUCCUUCACAUGGUUUCGGCCAAUUGACAAAGCAUUUAAUCGCUUUUUCAAUAAUCUCUUCUUCAACAAGUUUCGGGCUUUCCGACUUUGUCGUAUUACCAGAACUCCGAUUUGGGCUAUGCACUUUAGGUGUGGUGUCGCUGACAUUUCGGGCUUGUUUACCGGAUUAUUUUGUUGAUUUAGGGGGGAUUCCGGAGUAUUUAAGCGGUAGUGUCUGGUGGUUCUGUAAAAGGUUACAAAAGUAACAUUUUAUGGUAAUGAAGUAACAAUAAUAUUGUCAAAAGCUUAGUCGUUUUCUGUGUUUGGUUGAUUAUGUAUUGUCUAUCAAUUUGGUCAAAAGUUUUUAAAAUUUUCUUGUUAUCAUUAACAUUAACCAAAGCUAGGGUGUGUACAUACUUUUUGACCUGUUACGUGUCUUAUAAACAUUACCUAUCAUCUAGUCAUUUUAAUUUUAAAAUUCAAAACUCAGUUUUAAUGAUUUUCAUUGAUCCUGUAAAGAAAGUUAUUGCAGAUGUCAUGGUUACGCAAAAACAUCUUGCUCGUGGCCACGAUAGCAUCGGUCCUUCUGGGCGCCGUACUUGGUUUCAUAGUCAGGACACAGCAGCCAUCGCCCUUCACGAUCAUGGUGAUCAGCUUCCCGGGAGAGGUGCUGAUGCACAUGUUGAAGAUGAUGAUUCUUCCUCUGAUUAUCAGUUCUCUUAUUUCAGGUAAGGUGUAGUAAAGUAAGCCCAACAACAUAUGUAGUAGAUAGUUGUAGUCGAACUUGUUUGAAAUGUAAUUCAGGACGAUUAAUGGCUUUAUUAUUGUUUUAUUGGCUGUAAAAAUGAUUACUUUUCAAGGAAUUCAUGUUUGUUACUUAUCUUAUUACUGUAAAGUACAAUUUACUAAUUAUAAUGUAACCUAUGAUACAAUUAUAAUGUGAUCUAUACUUACAAAAACUGGUUUAUACUGGUACCAUGUUAGUACUAAAAGCUUGUGCAUUUGUAAAUAGUACCACCUUUUAGGCCUUUCACAGUUAGACGCAAAGCAAUCUGGCCGAAUGGGUUCUCUGGCCGUAUUCUACUACUUUGCCACGACUCUAUUGGCAGUAAUUGUAAGUGAUAGAGUUAAGUGUACCAUACUGUUUAGACCGGCAUCAUCUUGGUGCUAUCCAUUCAUCCAGGUGACCCGACCAUCAAAAAAGACCUUGGUACUGGCGUGGAAGGAAAGAAGGUCAGUACGGUGGACACAUUCUUGGACUUGAUUAGGUAUGUUACUUCUUAUUUCAUUGUAGUUUGUUUUAUAAUUUAUUAUACAGCAGUAUCGUUGAAUAUUGUCUUAAAGUGCGUUUUUUAUUGCCAUGAGCAAAAAGAUUGUUCUUGCUUUUGUAUAUUGUAUAGCAAUGUAAAAAAUAUAGUUACUUACUUUAUAUAACUUACUGUUACCUACUUUCAGAAACAUGUUCCCAGAGAACUUGGUCCAAGCCACCUUCCAACAAGUCCAGACUAAAUAUGUAAAGGUUAGACCAAAGAUUCUGAAGAAGAAUGAUACCGCUACAUUAGAGCUACUGGCUUCUGGUGCUAUGGAUUAUCUAGUACCUUCAGUAGAAUACACAUCUGGAAUGAACGUUCUUGGUAUGUUAAACAUAAGCUAGCUUGGCUUUUUUGUAAUACAUUAGCACUGUGCAGAAAGAACUGGGGGUUGAUAUACAUAAUGUUGUUGAAGGCGAUGGGUUGCUUCUUCAAAAAAUUUUUUUGAAAUUUUAAGUCGUAUUUUAAGUAAAAUCAUAUCGUUUUAGGUAUAAUUAUAUUCUGUAUUGGAUUUGGUAUUGUGGUUAGUCAGUUGGGCGAUGAAGCUCGAGUGAUGGUUGACUUCUUCUCGGUUAUGGACAAAGUCAUCAUGCAGUUGGUCGGCUAUGUCAUGAUGUAAGUUUUUACAUUUUUAUUUAUAAUACUGUGAACAAAGUCGUAUUUAAGCGAGGAAAGUUGUUAUUUUACAAAAAAGUUUAUAUUAUAGUCUAAAACAGAUUGUUGAGCAAACUUUUUAAUUUAGAUACUCACCUUUCGGAAUCAUGUGUCUAAUAAUGGGUAAGAUUCUGGAGAUUCACGACCUGGGUGAGACCGCUCGCAUGUUGGCCAUGUACAUGGUGACCGUCCUGAUGGGUCUCACCGUGCAUUCUUUGAUUACACUGCCAUUAAUCUACUUUGUAUGUACAAAACAGAAUCCGUAUAUCUUCAUGAAGGGCCUGCUACAAGCCUGGAUCACCGCUUUGGGAACAGCCUCCAGUUCGGCCACAUUACCCUUGACUUUCAGAUGUCUGGAAGAGAAUCUUGGAGUGGAUAGGAGGGUGACGCGCUUUGUUCUACCGGUCGGCGCUACUAUCAACAUGGUGAGAUUUUGAAUUUAGUGUAAAUAGCUAAAUCGUCAUAAUAUUUAGUUUUUAAGUUGAUAAGUACAACAUUAUUAAGCCUUCAAAAUGUUGUUUUAAAGCCUAGAUUUGUGAUUCUACCUAUAAAAUGACAAUUUUAGGACGGAACGGCGCUGUACGAAGCUGUAGCCGCCAUUUUCAUUGCACAGAUGAAUGGAGUAUACCUAAGUAUGGGACAAGUCGUGACUGUCAGGUAAGACAAAAAGGGAAAGUGUUUAAAAAAUGACACAAUCUAUAUGUUAAGAGUAGUCAAUAAACGUAUGACCACUUACUUUUGUUAAUACCCAUCGUACUUCAGUGUAACGGCUACACUGGCUUCAAUCGGUGCAGCUUCAGUACCAUCAGCUGGUCUUGUAACGAUGUUAUUGGUACUAACAGCUGUUGGUCUACCCGUCAAAGAUGUAUCUCUUAUUGUAGCCGUCGAUUGGUUACUGUAAGUUUGUUUUCUAAUGUUAUUCUGUAAUGUUACACGCUAUUACUUAUAGUUUUAUAGCAUUUUUGUUUGGAUAGUGACAAAUACUUUUGUACAAGGGAUGACUUAUGCCUUGUUUUUUGUUUGCAUAUUCAUUUAGAUAGCAUAACAUACAGGGGUGUUAUGUUGACUUAUGUUUUGUAAUGAAAUCCGGCUUUUGGUCAAGAAAAUGCUUCAAAGUUAGUAUAACUUCAGUAACAAAAUUUAAGUUAUUACAAUUCAACGACGUUUUCUAUUUUAGUGACCGUAUUCGUACCUCAAUCAACGUUAUUGGAGACGCUUUUGGAGCCGGCAUUGUUCACCACUUUGUCAAAGACGAGCUGGCACUAGCUGAUGAACAACAUCGCCGACAUUCGCAUAUCGAACGUGGAGGAUCCCCGACUAGGAGUGAGUUAUAACUUUAGGUAUAAUCAUCAUCAUAUAAAAGUACAGAAUAGGCCAAAAAUGAAGAUUUUAAUUGAUUAUUUCGGUAGCUAUUUGCAACAUAUUAGAGUAGUUUAUUUUGAUACGCAAAUUAAGUUUUCUAAAAACUUUUUGACCAGAUCCAACUUUUUUGAACAAGAUAAGACUUACUUUGUUUCCAGCUGCCCUUCUGAAUGAUGACAAACAUAACUCGAACUGGCGCCACUCCAAGGACCGUGGCUACGAUCCGGUACCGCAAGACGACCACUAG